AUGCAAAAGUUAAAGGCGCAGAAUUUUCAUAACCUUUCCGAGGGUAUAAUAAGAACUCUUGCGCAAAAUCGUAUAGUUACACUUUUGGAUUUCCUACAAGAAGAUGUAUCUAAGUUAACAUUAUUAACAAAAUUAAGCUUGCAAGAUGUAUUAACAAUUCGAAAUGAAAUAUUUACAAGAUAUUCAGCCCCUUUAAUAAAUGGGACUGCUUUACUUACAAAAGUUUAUCAAAGUAGAUAUCGAAUAAGUUCUGGAAUUGACAGUUUGGAUUCAAUAACAAAUGGCGGUUUUCCAGUGAGACAUAUAACUGAAAUUUGUGGUUUAGCAGACUCUGGUAAGACUCAAAUGUGUUUCCAGUUGGCUGUGAAUGUUGCUAAAGAUGAUAAUGGCACUGUCCUGUAUGUUAAUACUAAAGGUGAUUUCUGUGCAGUCAGAGUGCAAAAAAUGUUGGAUGCUCAAGGAUAUUCACAUAAGGAUAUGGCGUCAAUAAUGUAUAGAAUCAGAGUUGUGCACAUAUGGGCUAUGGACGACUUGGUGGAGCUAUUCAAAGGGAUCAAAAACAAGAGCCUUGAAAUAAAAAACUUGGCUCUGGUUAUUGUUGAUUCUUUACCGUGUUUGAUGUUCCAACAUCUUGGAGAUGAUAAUAAAAUGGGUUUGUCUCUUUUGAAUAUUUUGGUUAAUUACAGUAGAUUUAUAGCAAAUGAAUUCAAUGUGGCUAUAAUAUACAUAAACAUACAAACCAGAUGGAUAGAUAAUGACAUAUCAGAUUUGGAAGAUGAUGCUGAAUCAAUGUCUGCUAUCAAGGAACCUGCCUACAUUGAGAAAAAGAAUCGCUGUUUAGGAAAAUAUUGGGAAAGUGUACCGGUAUUAGUAAUCCAGUUAGAAAAGUUAGACUUUAGCUCUAAGGAAAAUGAAACUUGUACUCAGCUAAAAGCUUCAGUUAUAACUUCUAAUAUUACCCAAAGUAACAACAGUCAAUGUAUUUUAAACUUAAGUAUAAUGGGUGUAACUUAA